AUGUCGGAUCUGAAAGUUACUAAUGAAAACGCAUUCAGCCAUGUUGCCAACUCGGGACCAAUCUCUAUUCUAUCAUAUUGUGCAUCAUCUAUUUUGAUGACAGUCACUAAUAAAUAUGUUGUGAACAUUGAGGGAUUCAAUAUGAACUUUAUUAUGCUUUUUGCGCAAUCUUUGGUGUGCACACUGGCUUUGGUUGUUUUGAAGGGGUUGGGAUAUGCUAAAUUUCGUCCUUUGAACAGAACGGACGCCAAAAAUUGGCUACCGAUCUCAAUUUUGUUGGUGAUUAUGAUCUAUACUUCAUCCAAGGCUCUACAGUUUUUGGCCGUUCCAAUUUACACAAUCUUCAAAAACUUGACCAUAAUUUUGAUUGCGUAUGGUGAAGUUUUGUUUUUUGGUGGCUCUGUCACCUCAAUGGAACUCUCUUCUUUUAUGCUUAUGGUUUUAUCAUCUGUGGUUGCCACUUUGGGUGAUAAGCAAGACCUAAGUGCCAAGGCUGAAAAAUUGGCUGAAGAGUUGGCGCAAACUGGUUCCGGUGCCGGUUCCGUCUUCAGUGUGGGUUAUUUAUGGAUGUUUGCCAAUUGUAUCUCGUCUGCAUCUUUCGUAUUAAUUAUGAGAAAAAGAAUCAAGUUGACUAACUUCAAAGAUUUCGACACGAUGUUUUACAACAAUAUUUUGGCCUUACCAAUUCUAUUAUUGUCGUCUUUCUUUUUAGAAGAUUGGUCUUCGGCAAAUUUGAAUAUAAAUCUAUCUCAAGACUCUUUGACUGCAAUGAUUAUCUCCGGUUUGGCUUCUGUCGGCAUUUCUUACUGUUCUGGUUGGUGUGUUCGUGUUACCUCCUCUACUACUUACUCAAUGGUUGGCGCUUUGAAUAAAUUACCAAUUGCGUUAUCCGGGUUAAUAUUCUUUGAUGCUCCCAACAACUUUUUAUCCAUUUUAUCUAUUUUCAUCGGGUUCUUGUCUGGUAUUGUGUAUGCAGUUGCAAAGCAAAAGAAGACGCAACGUCAGCAACCAGUGAAAUAG